GCGGGCGAUGCGCGCGCAGCUCCGCGGCCUGUUUCUCUUUCUGAGGGAAGCGCCGGAGUGGAGUUGUCGGCCUUUCCUUGUCUCUUCGGCUGGCCGCCCGGUCUCCCCCUCACCAUGCAGGAACUCAUCGCCAACGUGGAGCACAUCAAGUUCGAGCUGGAGAUCGCGGUGGAGCAGCAGCUGGGCGCCCAGCCCCUCCCCUUCCCCGGGAUGGACAAAUCAGGAGCUGCUGUCUGCGAUUUUUUCUUAAAGUCAGCCUGUGGGAAAGGAGGGAUGUGUCCAUUCCGGCACAUCAGUGGGGAGAAGACCGUUGUCUGCAAACACUGGCUACGAGGGCUGUGCAAAAAGGGAGACCAAUGUGAAUUUCUGCAUGAAUAUGACAUGACCAAGAUGCCUGAGUGUUACUUCUACUCAAAAUAUGGGGAAUGCAGCAACAAGGAGUGCCCGUUCUUGCACAUUGAUCCAGAGUCUAAGAUCAAAGAUUGUCCUUGGUAUGAUCGAGGAUUUUGUAAACAUGGUCCGCUCUGCAGACACAGACACACACGACGUGUGAUUUGUGUCAAUUAUCUGGUGGGCUUCUGUCCAGAGGGCCCUGCCUGCAAAUUCAUGCACCCCCGAUUUGAGCUUCCCAUGGGAACCACAGACCAACCCCCACUACCUCCACCAACGCAACCACAGCAAAAGCCAAACAACAACCCGCCAUUGCAAAGGUCGUCCUCCCUCAUCCAGCUCACAAGCCUGAACUCUUCUCCCAACCAACAGCGGACUCCUCAGGUCAUUGGCGUCAUGCAGUCUCAAAGCAAUAGCAUCGGGAACAGAGGCCCUCGCCCGCUGGAGCAGGUCACCUGUUACAAGUGUGGUGAAAAAGGACAUUAUGCCAACAGAUGUACCAAAGGACAUUUGGCUUUUCUUAGUGGACAAUGAGCCGUGGUGAAAUUGUACAGCACUUUUUUUUAUGGGAGCCGGAUUGUAUAUACCACUUUCUUGGAACUGUUUCACGUCUUCUGAACGCCUGUCUCGAAAGGACUGGUUAACUGUGAACAACUGAUCUGUCGCCUUCUUUUUGUAUGUCUUAAGGAAAGAAGAUACAGCUAUUUAAGGACAAAUAAUAGCUUGUAUUUGCCUUUGUUUUUGGAGUAAUUGGGUGAAGACAAACCUAAUACAUAUGUCUCCUUACGA